UGGAGGGGUCAACAAAGCCAGAAUAGCUAAAAGGAAGCGUUUGCCUAUUGAAAUAAGGAGCUUCGUCGUCGAUAAAUACUUGAAUCGCAUUCCUCCUUUUUGCGCUAAUUAUUAGCUGGCAUCAUCUGCACACCUUCAACUUAUCUAACUCUUCUUUAUAGCUAAAGUAGCACCCCGACUUACAUACCUAACUACAUACGCGUGCCUAGGUACAUAUAAGUAGUCAUUGACAUAUAUAAAAAUGGCAUCCAACCCUCCCGGAGAUUGUUGUACUAAGGGCUUUAGAUUUGAAGGCGAGCCGACAGGCAAAGCAAUCAAAGUAGGCCAGCACGAUGCUUACCUGGCCAUCCCCAACGCUUCCAACGCCAAGGACGCUGCUAUCCUAAUAGUCCCGGACGUUAUCAGCAUCUGGCAGAACAGCAUGUUGAUUGCUGAUCAAUUUGCUGAGAGGGGAUACCUCACCCUUAUUAUCGACCCCUUUGCCGGCGAUGCCCUAUCGUUAAACCGCCCUAGCGGUUUCGAUUUUGUCCAUUGGCUUACUAAGGGUAGUAGCGGUGACAACCCUCAUACCAAAGAAGCCGUUGAUCCUAUCAUCGAGGCGGCUAUCAAAUACCUCAAGGAGCAGCAUAAUGUUAAGAAGUUGGGAGGCGUUGGUUAUUGCUUCGGUGCCAAGUACGUUGCUCGCCAUUUCAAGAACGGCAUUGAAGUCGGUUUCCUUGCUCACCCUUCCUUCGUAGAAGAGGAAGAGCUCGAGGGCUUCAAGGCGCCGUUGUCUAUUGCCGCCGCCGAGACGGAUAGUAUCUUUCCGGCUGAGAAGCGCCACAAGUCCGAAGAGAUUCUCGCCAAGAACGGUCAGCCAUACCAGAUCAACUUAUACUCCCAGGUCGUUCACGGCUUUUCUGUCCGUUGUGACACGAGCAAGAAGAUCGAGCGCUUCGCGAAGGAGCAGGCCUUCGAGCAGGCUGUCACCUGGUUCGACACCUGGCUGAUCUGAUGGGAUCCUCAUUAUAAUACCCGAAAUAUGAAGAGAUCAUGGGGAGUCGCGACGUGUCGCGUGCUAUGUCCGAGGAAGGACUACAGAAUAUAGCUUAUCAAUAGAUCCUUAAAUAAAUAAGAAGAUCGAACUAGAUUUUUAGUUCGAUAAAAUUCUUCAUGUCUCAC